GCGUCGGGGCCGGGCGGGGGCGGGGCCGCCGUCAGCUGACUGAGGCGGCUGCGGCCUCGCGGGACCGCCGUCUGCUCGCGUCUCUGUCAGCUGUCGGUGGGCUAGGCGCGGGGCCGGCCGGACCAUGGCGACCACCGUCAGCACGCAGCGCGGGCCGGUAUACAUCGGAGAGCUGCCCCAGGACUUCCUGCGCAUCACGCCCACGCAGCAACAGCAGCAGAUCCAGCUGGACGCACAGGCUGCGCAGCAGCUGCAGUACGGAGGGGCACUGGGCACCGUGGGCCGCCUCAGCGUCACUGUGGUGCAGGCCAAGCUGGCGAAGAACUACGGCAUGACCCGCAUGGACCCCUACUGCCGCCUGCGCCUGGGCUACGCCGUGUACGAGACGCCCACGGCCCACAACGGCGCCAAGAACCCGCGCUGGAACAAGGUCAUCCAGUGCACCGUGCCCCCGGGUGUGGACUCCUUCUACCUGGAGAUCUUCGACGAGCGGGCCUUCUCCAUGGAUGACCGCAUCGCCUGGACGCACGUAACGAUCCCUGAGGCACUGAAGCAGGGCAAGGUCGUGGACGAGUGGUACAGCCUGAGCGGGCGGCAGGGCGACGACAAGGAGGGCAUGAUCAACCUGGUGCUGUCCUACACGUCACUGCCGGCUGCCAUGAUGAUGCCGCCUCAGCCCGUGGUCCUGAUGCCCACCGUGUACCAGCAGGGUGUGGGCUACGUGCCCAUCACAGGAAUGCCUGCUGUGUGCAGCCCCGGCGUGGUGCCCGUGGCGCUGCCCCCAGCUGUGAGCGCCCAGCCCCGCUGCAGCGAGGAGGACCUGAAGGCCAUCCAGGACAUGUUCCCCAACAUGGACCGGGAGGUGAUCCGCUCCGUGCUGGAGGCCCAGCGGGGCAGCAGGGACGCGGCCAUCAACUCCCUGCUCCAGAUGGGCGAGGAGUCCUAGACACGCCCACCGUCUCGCCGCCUGCCCGCCCGCCCAGCUCCCCGAGCACUGUCCCCAGCAGAUCCCCGUGAACACGCCCCGCGCAGCCCCUUCCUCGGACAUCCGUGUCACCACCCUCGCCCUUGUCUGGGAUGCAUGUGGUUUUGGUUCUUGGAGCCGUUCUCCACGUGGUCGGGGCGGGUGGGGUGGCUCCCUUCCCGCUUCCUGUCGGAGGGUGGAGGCGGCGGGUCCCAUGCACACGCCCACUUCCUGCCGGCCAUCCUCCCGGGAGCAGCUCCCCCACAGGGCCUCGGUUCUGGGCCCCUUCUGGGUGGACAGGUGGUCUCUGGUGAUGCCACCUGACUGGGUAGACACACUAACGUGAGGCACAGAGGACCCACCAGCAGCUGCUGUGGGUCUUGUGAGGGCUUCAGGGCGAGAAACUCCUCCCUGCGGUGGCCUUCGUGGGCCUCUCGCAGGGGCCGGGCGGACCUCGUCUCGGGGCCCAGCCUGUGCGCGGAGCCCUGGGCCCAACCUGGCGUCUGCAGCCACGUCCUGAGCCCGCGGCCCCGCAGUCUUUACUGCUGCCUCGCCCUCCGUGCCAUGUUGUCCCGAGGGGUCGCCGCCCCCAGACACGCUCUGACCGCAGAGCUCAGUGAGGUGGGGUGUUGGGAGCAGACCCCGUCCUUGUCCUUGUCUGUCAAAGGGUCUCUAGGAACUCUCAGCUCACUGCCGACCUUGUGUAGGAAGCUGGGCCCCAGGCUGGGUCAGCGUGGUGACCGCCGGCACUGGGAGGUCUUCCCGAGAGGCAAGAGGCGCCCCGCGGCGUGGGUGGCACCCUGCUGCCUCUGGCCGUGGACACCGAGGAUGGGGCCAGGCUGGCUGGUGCCCCGUGGAAAUGAGAACACAGGGCGCUCUGACCUGCUUGCUGCUGUUGGCGGUCAGCCGUGGUCGCCGCUGUCUGGAGGCCUUGCCCAGCCUCUGGACAUGGACACAGACCCCACCCGGUGAUGUCGGGCGGUCACCCGAGGCGGCGAGGACUCAGAGCCCAGUCCUGUCCUCCACGUAGGCUUAAUGUGAUACCGGCCAGCGGUCAAGCUGACCAGACUCCUCCCGUGGUGGCCCAGGGGCGGGGAGGCCUGUGAGGGGGGUUCAGACCACCGGUGCCUUUGCCGCAGGCUCUCUGUAGAUGCGUGAGACCGACUGCGCAGUCACAGCCUGGCUGCAGCUUCGUGACCACAGUCGGCGCAGCUCUGACAGGCCGACCCAGCCCGCACGCCCCGCCCAGUGGUCCCCGGCCCAGGUGGCCCCACGCCGCCUCCCCACCGCCGCCCCCCCCCCGCCUGGGCCUCCGAGGACAGGAGUCUUGGCUUCAGGGCGGCUGCAGGCCUGCCAGCUUGGGGUCCUUUGUCGUGGACGCCUGCUGCUUCACAGGGUCAGGAGGGCGCAUCUGUGGGGCCUCAAGACGUCCGAUGGCCCUGCUGUCCCCGCUGCUCUGCUCACGUCCACGUGCGUGUCCAGGAUACCCCUCGGGGGGCCCUCAGCACGGCACCCGUGGCUGCCAGGCCCAGGACUGGGGCGCCUUGCACGUCGUCGUUGCUUGGUGUCGGAGAGGAGAGGCGUGUACAUCAGGCUUCCCACCCCACUCCCGUUUCAGGAGCCCUGCCGGUGUUUGCAGAAACGGUCCUUGGAGCUUUGCGUUUCAGAUCAUUCUGUUGGGGUCCAGGGUCCAGGUUCCUCUUCGAUUGUAAGAUAUGUUUGUACCUUUCAGCCUUCUAACUUAAUAAACGGUCUAUGGAAAAACAGAGAA